AUGGAAUGUCUGUGUCCGUUCGGAUAUUUCGGACUGAACUGCAACGAACGAGCAACUCUCUGCCUGGUAGAUGAGUGUUUCAACGGUGGCACCUGCCUGACCAUGAGCAACGAAACUUUUUGCAUCUGUCCGCCCGGCACAUCCGGUUCCAAAUGUGAGAACCUUAUCACAUCCUCCUCGCACCGCCAUCACAAGUGCCACAGAGACGUCUGCUUCUACGGUGGAGCUUACUGCCAGUUGGACUCUAUUAUUUUUUCGUUUUGUUUUUUCGAUUGCACGAUUAAUAACAUUCGCUAG